AUGGCUGGUGAAAACUAUACCAGGGUCACGGAGUUUAUUUUCACAGGCUUAAAGUGCCAUCCGCAUGCGCAAGGCUUCCUCUUCUUGCUCCUCCUUCCUUUUUACCUUGUUACCGUGACGGGAAAUCUGGGCAUGGUUACCCUAAUCUGGAUGGAUUCCCGCCUGCACACACCGAUGUACUUUUUUCUCAGUCACCUGUCCUUUGUGGAUGUCUGCUUUUCAUCCGUGGUUGGCCCCAAGAUGCUCAGAGACUUCUUCGCUGAAAGGAAAGCCAUUUCUUUCCUGGGCUGCGCCUUGCAGCAGUGGUUCUUUGGGUUCUUUGUGGCCAUCGAGUGCCUUCUCCUGGCAUCCAUGGCUUAUGACCGCUACGUGGCCAUCUGUAACCCACUGCUGUAUUCAGUUGUCAUGUCCCACAGGCUCUGCAUACAGCUGGUGGUCGGACCCUACGCUGUUGGAUUUCUGAACACCAUGACCCACACAACAGCUGCUUCUCGACUUCCCUUUUGUGGUUCCAACAUUAUCAAUCACUUCUUCUGUGACAUGUCCCCACUUCUCUCUCUGGUAUGUGCUGACACGCGGAUCAAUAAAUUGCUAGUUUUCAUCGUGGCUGGAUCUGUACUUGUCGUCAGCAGCCUGACUAUAUUAAUCUCCUAUUUUUACAUCCUCAUCUCUAUCCUGAGCAUCCGCUCUGCUCAUGGGAGGCACAGGGCCUUUUCCACCUGCUCUUCCCAUCUCACAGCUGUCUCCGUCUUGUAUGGGACUCUCUUCUUUAUCUACGUGAGGCCAGGCACAGUUUUUUCUCUGGAUCUCAAUAAAGUGGUGGCAGUGUUCUACACAGCAGUGAUUCCCAUGUUGAAUCCUCUCAUCUACAGCUUGAGAAAUAAAGAAGUGAAAGCUGCUAUGUGCAGGAUCGUCGCCAGGAGAAAGUUUUGCCUCAAAAGUUAA